AUGUCCUUCAACUGCUCAACAAGAAACUGCUCUUCCAGGCCAAUUGGAGGACGCUGCACUGUCCCAGUGGUCCCAGUUGCCACGGCUUCAACCGGUGAUGCCGAUUGCCUGAGUGGCAUCUGUUUGCCCAGUUCCUUCCAAACUGGCUCUUGGCUCCUGGACCACUGUCGAGAGACCAGCUGCGAGCCCACUGUUUGCCAGCCAACCUGCUACCAGAGAACUUCUUGCGUUGCCAGCCCUUGCCAGGUGACCUGUUCUCGAGAAACUACCUGUGUCUCUAAUCCCUGCUCAACUCCCUGUAGCCGGCCACUCACCUUUGUCUCUGGUGGCUGCCAACCAGUGGGAGGAGUCUCUGCUGUCUGCCAACCAGUGGGAGGAGUCUCUGCUGUCUGCCAACCAGCCUGUGGGGUCUCCAGAUCGUACCAGCAGUCCUGCUUAUCCAGUUGCCGAAGAACCUGCUAAGUGUGUAGGAGCCAGUGAGCGAGUCAAGACUCCACGACCUGCCAUCUGUGUUUCCAGGAUCUUCCAGCAUGCUGCCUGUC